AACUCCGGGCCGGCGGCUUGUUGAUAAUAUGGCGGCAGGAGGUGCCUGGGCAUCUCGAGGAGGCGGUGGGGCCCACACCUCGAGGAAGGGUCUCUUUUCGGGCUAGUGCGGCGGCCGCUGCGGGCCCGAAGUCCGGGCCGGUUGCUGAAUGAGGGGAGCCGGGCCCUCCCCGCGACAGUCCCCCCGCGCCCUCCGACCCGACCCGGGCCCCGCCAUGUCCUUCUUCCGGCGGAAAGUGAAAGGCAAAGAAGAUAAGACCUCAGAUGCCAAGUCAAUUAAAGCCUCAAUAUCUGUACAUUCCCCACAAAAAAGCACUAAAAAUCAUGCCUUGCUGGAGGCCGCGGGACCAAGUCAUGUUGCAAUCAAUGCCAUUUCUGCCAACAUGGACUCCUUUUCAAGUAGCAGGACAGCAACACUUAAGAAGCAGCCAAGCCACAUGGAGGCCGCUCAUUUUGGUGACUUGGGCAGGUCUUGUCUGGACUACCAGAUUCAAGAGGCCAAAUCAAGUCUUUCAAAGACCCUUGAACAAGUCUUGCGUGACACUAUUGUCCUCCCUUAUUUCAUUCAAUUUAUGGAACUUCGGAGAAUGGAGCAUUUGGUUAAAUUUUGGUUAGAAGCUGAAAGUUUUCAUUCUACAACUUGGUCCCGUAUAAGAGCACACAGUCUGAACACAGUGAAGCAGAGCUCGCUGGCUGAGCCUGUCUCCCCAUCUAAAAAGCAAGAACCUGCAGCAUCUUUUAUAACUGAGUCUCUUGACAAGAGAUUAGAGGAUUCUAGCUCAGCCCAAUUGCUUAUCACUCAAUCAGAAGGAAUUGACCUGAAUAAUAGAACUAGCAACACCCAGAAUCACUUGCUCCUUUCCCAGGACUGUGACAGUGCCCAUCCCCUCCAUCUUGAAAUGGCCAGAAGAGAAACUCAUCAGAUUUCCAUGCAAACCCAAGAAUCCUUCUCCAGACUUACAGUUGCCAGUAGAAAUAGUCUCUCUUCUCCACUAAAGGAAUUAUCAGGAAAACUAAUGAAAAGUAUAGAACAAGAUGCAGUGAAUACUUUCACCAAAUAUAUAUCUCCAGAUGCUGCUAAACCAAUACCAAUUACAGAAGCAAUGAGAAAUGAUAUCAUAGCAAAGAUUUGUGGAGAAGAUGGACAGGUGGAUCCCAACUGUUUUGUUUCGGCACAGUCCAUAGUCUUUAGUGCAAUGGAGCAAGAGCACUUUAGUGAGUUUCUGCGAAGUCACCAUUUCUGUAAAUACCAGAUUGAAGUGCUGACCAGUGGAACUGUUUACCUGGCUGACAUUCUCUUCUGUGAGUCAGCCCUCUUUUAUUUCUCUGAGUACAUGGAGAAAGAAGAUGCUGUGAAUAUCUUGCAGUUCUGGUUGGCAGCAGAUAAUUUCCAGUCUCAGCUUGCUGCCAAAAAGGGCCAGUAUGAUGGACAGGAGGCACAGAACGAUGCCAUGAUUUUAUAUGACAAGUACUUCUCCCUGCAGGCCACACAUCCUCUUGGAUUUGAUGAUGUUGUAAGAUUAGAAAUUGAAUCUAAUAUCUGCAGGGAAGGUGGUCCACUCCCCAAUUGUUUUACAACUCCAUUACGUCAGGCCUGGACAACCAUGGAGAAGGUGUUUUUGCCUGGCUUUCUGUCCAGCAAUCUUUAUUAUAAAUAUUUGAAUGAUCUCAUCCAUUCAGUUCGAGGGGAUGAAUUUCUGGGAGGGAAUGUCUCACUGACCGCUCAUGGCUCUGUUGGUGCCCCUGACGACUCUCACCAAGGUGGUUCUGACAGCUCAGCCUCUCAGUCCAAUGUGAAAAAAGCUAGUGUUAAAAUUCUGAAAAAUUUUGAUGAAGCAAUAAUUGUGGAUGCUGCCAGUCUGGAUCCAGAAUCUUUAUAUCAACGGACAUAUGCAGGGAAGAUGACAUUUGGAAGAGUCAGUGACGUGGGGCAAUUCAUCCGAGAAUCUGAGCCUGAACCUGAUGUAAAGAAAUCAAAAGGAUCCAUGUUCUCACAAGCUAUGAAGAAAUGGGUGCAAGGAAAUACUGAUGAGGCCCAAGAAGAGCUAGCUUGGAAGAUUGCUAAAAUGAUAGUUAGUGAUGUUAUGCAGCAGGCACAAUAUGAUCAACCAUUAGAGAAGUCUACGAAGCUAUGACUCGAUACCUGAGAUAAAGGAAAUCUGCUUUUGAACAAUAAGAGAACGUUCUUCCUUUGGUUGGAUUCUUAACACAGCCAAUGAAAACAAAGCACUGUAUUUCUUUCAACUGUUACUCCCAACAAAGAACGGCAGACAAUCCUAGACUUCCACCAUAAGCAGAGUGACAUGUAGACAUAUUUGCUGACAUGAUGUUCACAAGCGAAAGUCAUAAGGAGACAAAGUGGUAUUGUUUACAUUACUAGAAAAUUAGUAGUUUUUCAAUGGCAAUAACCAUUUAUGAGAGAGUUUUAGUCCACUGGAAUGACAGGACCACAUGCUGUGGCAGGCUGGUAAGUGUAGAGCUGGUCUCCGAUGCACUUCUGCAGGGUGACCCAUCCUUAGCAGCAGCAUCAAGCAGGUACCAGAGGUGCUUUGCUUGGGCCUCUCCAAGCAAACGGGAGUCAGCUGCUCCGAGAGGCAGCGGCUCAGGGCGGCCGUGCGGUGCUAGCAGAUUGCUUUUCUCCAUCAGAACAGGGUGAAGGCUCAUCGUGUGUCUGCCUUCACAGCAGCAUUAGUUGGGAAGGAAGCUGGUAUGUCACAGGUCAAGUAUCAGUGACUUUGUCCUUCCUUUUGGUGACAGUAUACAAUUUUCACAUUUUAAUACUCCUGAGAUGCAGUAUACUUCAAACCAGUCUUUUCCCCCUGCUAACCAAAGGGUGAAUGUCCGCACUGGAGCAUUAGGACUCGCCCCUCUGGAAUUCUGCUCCAGGUCGUUUAACUUUCCCUUCAAAUACAAAUAACGAUCACUCCAGUGUUCCCCUGUGGCACCUUGAACAAAAUGUUUAUUCCCAGAUUGUAUGAUUGUUUUAUUUUGUUUAAGAAGGUGAGAGGGCAGGGUUGAGGGGCGGAGAAGCACUCGGUUGUGACUGCCUCCCCUUUCUUUGCUCUGAGCUGGAAAGGAUGCAGUGGGUGGCCUCUUCCUUCUGUCUUCAGGACGGGAAGAGACUUCCUCGCUGCACUUCUUCCCAGUUGCUCCUGCGUCUGCACUGUGCUGCCAUCAGCAGAGCUACCCCUUGGCACCACACUGCACUGGCCAGGCGACGCCAGUGCCUCCCCACCAUGUGACUGCUGGAGGGGAGAGAGUGCUCGCAGGUGUGACUGCUUUUGCUCAGACUUUGCAAAAAACAUAUAUAUAUAUAAUUAUUAAUCACCUCUGUCCUUGAGAGAGUCUUGAAUGAAUAGAGAAUUUAUCCCAUUGCAAUAUGUGAUUGUAUAGAGAGGCACACUGUUUCAUCAACAGAAGAAGCGAGAAGGCUGUGUAUAGUUUUUGGUACUAUGUACCACCUCUGUUAUUCUUCUAGAGCUGAAGUAUUCAUGUACUUAAACCAUAUUCUAUUUAAUUGUGUUUGAUUUUAAAUAUAUAUAUAUGAAUUAUAUUUAAAAUUGUGUCAACUUUCUGCUUUGGGGGCAUUUAUAGCUCUUCUAUUAAAAUUGUUGAUUCUUCCAAAUAUUUCCGUUUGCUUUACAAAAACCCAGAAAAUGAACCACAGCUGGACUUAGCCGAUGUUUGGUGUGUAUGGUAUAGACCUGAGGUUUUAUGAGGUGUAUGUUCUGUGACUAACUCAUUUUGUUCUUUUAACAAAAUGUUUCCAUCCAUUUCACUUUGCUUCAAUCUUUAAAUAACAGAAAAGCAAUAUAAAGGUCAUAGAAUAAAGAGUGGUUUUGGGUGACUCUUGCUGCCUCUGCAUGUUUCGAAAUAACAAUUUCUGUGAAGCUCUGGACUAUUUAAAGCAGUGCUGUCAGUUAAGGUACUAUUUAGCCAUUUCUUUGUAUACAUUUUGUGCUUCUGAGCUUGAGAUGUCAGUUGUUGUGGGGUUCUUCUAAGAAGAAUAGCAAGUUUGAGACUCAAAGUUACUUUUUUUCUGCCUUACCUGCCAUGGGACACAGAAGCAGAAUGUGACCUGAAAUGUGAGCCAGAUUUAAUAUGUGAUCUAAAGUAGAUCCUUGUACUUAUUUUUUAAUUGGAAUUGGAUUCAUCUAACCUUGAUCACCCACUGUGUUCCAGGCUGUGUGCCGUGUGUCCACAAAAUAUGAUUCCGUGGCAGGGUUUUCACAGGUGCAAGGAAUGAGUUGA